GAGGGAUCCAUCCGCAUGGAGGAGAAUGCGCGGUACGUCGCCGAUCUGUUCGUCGCUGCCCUUAACUCAGACGACCCGAUGUGUAAUGCCAUCGAGGGGUGCUUCAAUGCGCUGAAGGCGAGCAUGAAACUGCAUCUUGCAGUCAAGCGCCGUGAGCGGCUAUUGCGUGGGGAGUACGACUCGCUGGCUGCGCACAGAAUGGCUUUCAUGAAGGAGGCCGUGGAAGUAAGUAAGAAUAUAUUGACUCAGCGCUUGGUCUGGCGCAUGGAGCGACACUACUUCAAAAGCAUUUUCCUAACCGAGCGCGGUGAGUACAUGGAGCUCGGUUGUUAG